AUGACUCUCAACGCCUCCACUGAUUUUGACCCUCGUAGUCAACUGGUGCCGCAUAUUGUCGACCACUUUGCCGCAACCAAGCCAGAAGCUCUGUAUGCUGAAUACCCCCGCAACCUCGCAAGCUAUGAAGAGGGGUACCAGGCCGUCACAUACGAAGUUCUCGCCAAUGCCAUUAACGGCCUUGCCCACUGGCUGGUGAGCCACCUAGGCCCCGGCAAGGGAGAGGUUCUCACCUACGUGGGCCCUAAUGAUUGGCGAUACCCAGCUUUGAUUCUUGGGGCUGUGAAAGCGGGUUACUGCGUAUGGCACAUCUUCUUGACUUCGCCCCGGAACAGCCCCGUGGCCCAUCAGUCCUUCUUACAGAAGCUCAGCUGCACCACGCUGAUUGCUCCGGUACCACGCCCUCCUGCCGCGGCAGCAAUCCUGGAGGCCGUCUCGCUCCAGGUCCUCGAUAUCCUGGGUAUGGAAGAACUCGUAAGCAUCGAGUAUCCGCCCUUCGAAUUUUCGAAGACCUACCCGGAAGCGGCCCUCGAGCUACUGGUCAUAAUCCAUACCUCAAGGUCCACCGGAAUCCCCAAGCCCAUCACAUGGACCCACGAGACAGCGGUCAAACAUAUGCGGAUGCAAACUCUGGACCCUCCCCCGGGUUUUGAGACACAAAACCAAUGGGCCUUCGGCAAGAAAAUGUACAUGAUGCUGCCCCCCUUCCACGCUGGCGGAGUAGGGCAUCUCCUGUUCGUUACUCUGCCUGUAGAGGUCACGCUUGUGAUGCCAAUCUCUGGAAGCUUGCCUACCGCUGCCGGGAUGGUGGCAGUGCGCCAGCAGACGCUUUUCAGCUUCGCUUUCGUGACACCAUCGAUCGUCUCGGAGCUGGCGCAGACCCCCGAGCUACUGGACGAUGUCCGCACCCACUUGGAGUUCCUUGGUUACUGCGACGGGGAUCUACCCCAGGCGAUCGGUGACACUGUGGCUGAGCGGAUCAAACUGGACUGGCGGUAUACGCGUUUCCACCCUCAUCUCGGCGUGCAGAUGCGCCACGUCUCGGGCGAGGAGCAUGAGCUGGUCAUGGUGCGUACCCCUGAGUAUGAACGCCACCAGUUCCCUUUCAGUAUCUUCCCUGAUCGUCAGGAAUACCACACUUCCGACCUCUUCAUCCAUCAUCCGCAUCCGGCCAAGGCCGAUCUGUGGCGCACAACGUCACGUCUGGACGAUGUGAUUGUCUUUCUCAACGGCGAGAAGACGAACCCGAUCUCGAUGGAGCAGCAUAUCGUUGCCGCCAACUGGGAGGACUGGCUGCUUGCCGCGCUGAUCGUGGAGCUCGGGAAGGCAGAAGCAGCGCCGAGUGCCAGUGAGCGCGCGGCGAUGAUUGAGAAGCUCUGGCCAAGCAUUCAGGAGGCCAACAGCGCCUGUCCGGCUCACGCCCGCAUUACCAAGAGCCACAUUCUGUUUGACACCCCGAAGAAACCCAUGUUGCGCGCUGGGAAGGGUACCGUUCAACGUGCUGGUACAUUGAUGCUCUAUGCAUCGGAGCUGGAGGCUCUCUACGCCGACGCUGAGAAGUUGGCGCAGGCGACCGGGGGCAUGGUGGCAGGGCCCGGUAGCGUGGAUAAUACUAGCCAGGUCGCCGAAUACAUUCGUGUCUCUAUCCUGGCAAUCACGGGGUGGAGUGCAGAGAAGCUUUGCAAUGCAGAGAACUGGUUCCCUCUUGGCAUAGACUCCCUGCAGACGAUCACAUUGACCCGAGAGCUGAAGCAUGGUCUCAAUCUACCUGCUCUCACGCUUAAUCUGAUUUACUUGCAUCCUUCCGUGACGGCGCUCACCCAUGCGGUCGAAAAGCUGCAUCAGCAGGGUAGGGAGUCAAUGCAACUGCAGCAGGAGACUUUGCUUCAGGAGCGCGACCAGCUGCUGCAGAAGUUCACUAGCCAGAUCGAACUGCCCGCGGAUUGCGCUGCGCGGUCUGCGACCAGACCGUCAACAGAGACGGUAGUUCUUACCGGCUCCACGGGCCAACUAGGCUCAUACAACCUCCAUGCACUCCUUCACAAUCCCUCGGUGGCACAUAUCCAUUGCCUCAACCGCAAUGAACACGCUCGAGAGAUACAGCACGAGCGCAUGGUGACGUAUGGUCUAACGCCCCUGGCUAACGACGAGUCUCGCGUGAGUUUCUGGACAGCGGAUCUCAGCCGAGCAGAUCUCGGAACGCAGCGCGGAGUCUUCAAGCAGCUACAGCAAACGACCACAUUGAUCAUCCACAACGCCUGGACGGUGAACUUCAACUACUCCCUCGCGGUCUUCGAGCCCCAUCUCCAGGGUGUAGUGAACCUCAUCAAUUUCACAACUCGCUGCCCUCAGUCCCCACAUCUCUUCUUCCUCUCCUCCAUUAGCUCCACCGUCGGCCAUAGAACCGAGUCCGGCCUCACCCCCGAGACUAUCAUAACAACCACCACCCCUGCCCCGAACGGCUACGCGAGCAGCAAGUACAUCGCCGAGCAUCUGCUCGCCCACGCUGCGCAACAGAAAUUGCAGCAGCAAUUCGAGAACCAUAACGAGCGGGAACUCUCUUUCGCAUUUGCCCGCGUCGGCCAGGUAGCCGGUGCAGUGCGCUCUCCGGGCCUCUGGAACCCGGCAGAAUGGUUCCCAAGUCUUGUCCGGAGUUUGUGGCAUCUCAACGCCCUUCCAGAUACAUUGGGUCCCGCAUUGAAUCGCAUCGACUGGGUCCCAAUCGAUCUUUUGGCCGAGGUGUUGGUGGACUUGGCCCUUCUCGGCGGAGCCCAAGGUGGGAAAAUGGCUGGUUCUGCGCGGGGGCAGGUGCAGGUUUACCAUCCUGUUAACCUUCACCCCAAGUCCUGGGAUGAGGUCCUCCCUGUUAUCGUCGGGGAACUCGCGGCGCGGCGCAGUGUCGAUGAGCUUGAGAUAGUCUCACUGCGGGAGUGGGUACAGCGGGUUCGUUUCGAUGUCGAGACCGCUGGGCGCGGGGAGGACCGUAGGAAGCUCGAUGAGAAGGAGUUGCAACUGCUUCUGGCGCGGAAUCCGGCGGCCAAACUGCUGGAGUUCUUCGAGGGGUUGAGCGGACAGACUGAGGCAGAGAAUGCGCUGGGGACGGUGCGGACAGCUGAGGUUAGUCGACGACUGCAGGAGGUGGAGGGGGUGCAGCCGGAAUGGGUUCGGAAGUGGGUUGGGGAGUGGUUGGAUUAG